UUAAAACCCAUUUCGUAACGAAAUUUUCGUUGCGUUAUUUCGGUGGAGUCGGUGGGAAUUAAUGGCGCUAGAUAAUAACGCUGUUCGUAACAGUGAUAUGUAUUCUUGAUAGUGAACUUUGGCAUAAGCGUGUUUCGAAAAGCUCGUCUGUUUAAAUUUCUACAAGGAAAAAUAUUGAUAAAUAAAAAUGGCUCCGCGAAUGGAAGCAGAAGCAAAGGAACAGUGUGAAUUAGAAAAAAAAGUACCGCAUAGAGGUAUUAAUGCAGUUUUAUUGGGACCACCUGGUAGUGGUAAAGGUACACAGGCCCCCUUAUUCAAGCAACGAUAUUGCGUGUGCCAUCUAUCUACAGGCGAUAUGCUCAGAACAGAGAUUACUUCUGGAUCUGCUAUGGGAGCGGAGCUUAAAAAAAUAAUGGACGAAGGGAAACUGGUCAGCGACGAUAUUGUUGUUAAAAUGAUCGAUCAGAAUUUAAACAAGCCCGAGUGCAAACAAGGUUUCUUAUUGGAUGGUUUUCCAAGAAGCGUUUCUCAAGCUCAAAAACUAGAUGAUAUGCUAAAGAAGAGGAAAACUAAAUUGGAUGCUGUAAUAGAGUUUGGCAUUGAUGAUAAUUUGCUGAUAAAAAGAAUUACAGGUCGUCUAAUACAUCCUCCGAGUGGUAGAUCAUAUCAUGAAGAAUUUGCUCCACCUAAGGUUCCUAUGAAAGAUGAUGUCACCGGAGAACCAUUGGUAAAAAGAUCGGAUGACACUGCAGAUGCAUUGAAAAAACGUUUAACAACAUAUCAGACACAAACUCAACCGUUAGUUGAUUAUUAUGCUUUACGAGGGAUUCAUUACUAUGUUAAUGCAGCUCAAUCAAGUAAAAAUGUCUUCAAAGAUAUAGAUCGUAUAUUUCUAAGAUCGAUUAAGCAAGAAGAAAAGAAAAGUUUCUUUAGUCGAUUUUUUUAAAAUAUCAAAUGAAAAUGUUCCAGAUCAUUUUUCUCUUAUAAGUGAAAGGGCAACCUGUAGUUAUUGGGAAAUGUUAUAUGUUAGUAUUAUAGUAAUUUUUAGAAGAAUUGUAGCAUUAUAGAUGUACAAUUUUCGAUUCAAGAGAAAUGUUUAAGAACACAUAGUUUAAGCAGUAUGUAUUUUUUUGAUUGGGAAAUGUACAGAACAUCUAACAAAGAAUGUAAAAAAAAAAAGAAAAAGGGAAGAUAAUGUUAUCGCAUUGAUUUAGUUGCAAAUUACGGUGUAAGUUUAUAAAGGAAAGUAUUAUAAAUCCAUAAGACAAAUGCACACAUUUUAUUAAUAUUGAGCUCUCGAUGAUACUAUGACGUAAAUUAGUCAUUUAACUUUCGCGAGGGGAACAAUGUAUUUGUAUAUAAUGGACAGCACAGAACAUUUAUUUCUUUGAUUACCGUUAUAACAAAUAUUUUUUUAUCGAUUUCUACUUUGUUUAUUUUUUAAACAUAUAUUUUGAAGAUUAUUGUAACAUUCUUUGCAUGUCAUUCCUUGCUCUGUUUUUAAUACAAGUAAAAUGAGUUCGGACAUUUUACGAUAACUGAGACAUUUACGAACUAAGAAGUAUAAAUGUAAAUAACUAAAUUUUAAAAAAAAUUUCUUUUAAUACUAUUGUUUGUGUAAAAUUGUAAUAGAAGUAAAAAUUUAUUUACUCGAAUCUGAGCGAUUCGACGUAAAAAAUUAAGGAUUUAAAUUUAACAAAAUAACAUUUCUAAUGAACACUAAUUUGAACAGUUAGAAUAAAAUCUCUCAUUUAUACAUUUUACGCGCACACGUAUUAAUUAUUUGGUCAUUUUUUAAUUAAAUAAAUUUUAUUCUUAUAGAAAAAUGUGAAUAUAAACUAACAAAUAUUUUAAGGUAUUGUACUAUUAAUGCACUGAAUUGACGCCUAUGUAUUUUCAAAAACAAACACUUUUACGAACGGCUAUUAAAAAAAAACAAAACAAAGAAAAAAAACGCAAUGUAGAUCAAAAUCUAUUUUCCAUAAAUCAAAGUAACUGAAAUAUAUUCUGGUAAAGUAUUUCCGCCUAUACAUAUUGUAUAAUUCGAUUGUGAAUAUUUUACAUAGAGAAAUUAAUGUACA